AUGAAACCGGCGCCCCGAAACUUAGGCACUCAAAAAACGGAUAAUAUUGCGGACGACCAGUCAACAUCAGCAUCAUGGUGGCAGGCCGGCACCGCUACCCCUUUCCACGAAAACGGCAACGGCGCGUUCUCCUCCACUCACGGGCUUGUACAGACCCAUCCGUCUGUCAGCGAUGGGUUUUCUUUUGGCAGCCUUGCGAACUCAAUUGGACCCUCACCCAACCCGUUUGCCCAAACGAGCGGCAGCGGCCCGCUGAGUGGUAGCUUCCGAAACAAUCCGCUGCCACCGCUAACCAAAAGUGCGAACGGCAAGACCACCUUAAAGCACUUGGAUUUCACGAGCAGCGCAACAGCUGAGCUGAGGAGGAACCCAGCACUGUCUGCACCGGACGAAUGCGCGCGGGCUUGCAGGGAGGGAGAACCGCCAAGAAUCUGCUACUACCAUUUCACUCUGGAGAUGUACACCGUUCUGGGAGCCGCUUGCCAAGUAUGCACACCUAACGCAACCAAUGUGGUCUGGUCUCACUGCCAAUGUGUGUUGGCUGACGGAGUGGAACGAGGUAUCCUCACAGCAAACCGAAUGCUGCCGGGGCCGUCUAUCCAAGUGUGUGAAAACGACAAGGUUGUCAUCGACGUCGAAAAUCACAUGGAGGGAAUGGAAGUAACCAUCCAUUGGCACGGUAUCUGGCAAAGAGGAUCACAGUAUUAUGACGGUGUCCCGUUUGUAACCCAAUGUCCCAUUCAACAAGGGAACACAUUCAGAUAUCAAUGGCAAGGUAAUGCGGGCACCCACUUUUGGCAUGCGCACACCGGUCUUCAAAAAUUAGAUGGUUUAUACGGAAGUAUUGUUGUUCGUCAACCUCCAUCCAAGGAUCCUAACAGUCAUCUGUACGAUUAUGAUUUGACUACGCAUGUCAUGUUGCUAAGUGACUGGCUUCAUGAAGAUGCCGCCGAAAGGUAUCCGGGCCGCCUUGCUGUCAAUACUGGUCAGGACCCUGAAUCAGUCUUGAUCAACGGUAAAGGACAAUUUAGAGAUCCAAAUACAGGCUUCAUGACAAACACACCAUUGGAAGUUUUCACAAUAACUCCGGGAAGAAGAUACAGGUUUAGGAUGAUUAAUGCCUUCGCUUCAGUUUGUCCAACCCAGCUCACUAUUGAAGGCCAUAACCUUACAGUUAUUGCGACAGACGGAGAACCAGUGCAGCCAGUGCAAGUCAACACUAUCAUCUCAUUUUCUGGCGAGCGAUACGAUUUUGUCAUUGAAGCUAACAACAUUCCUGCUGCAUAUUGGAUCCAAGUACGAGGUCUUGGAGAAUGUGGUAUAAAGCGAGCACAGCAAUUGGGUAUCCUUCGCUACGCCAGGGGCCCAUACCAGCCCUCUACGGUUGCACCUACCUAUGACGUAGGAAUCCCACAAGGAGUGGUUAUGAAUCCAUUGGACGCAAGAUGUAAUAUACCUAGAACCGAUGCAAUUUGUGUCAGUCAACUCAAGAACGCCAGGCACAUCGACCCCGCAAUACUCCAGGAAAGGCCUGACGUUAAGAUUUUCUUACCCUUCCGUUUCUUCGUUUAUAGACCGGAGAUGUUAUUCCAACCGAAUACGUACAAUCGAUUUUUAGUGGCACCGCAAGGAGAUCACGUUAUUAGUUUGAUAGAUGAAAUAUCGUACAUGUCCCCACCGGCACCACUUAUCAGUCAAUAUGAUGACAUAAACCCUGAACAGUUUUGCAACGGCGACAACAGACCGGCGAAUUGCGGGCAAAAUUGCAUGUGCACGCACAAGGUUGACGUCCCACUUAACGCCGUCGUGGAAAUUGUACUCGUAGAUGAAGUUCAAAUUGUCAACCUCUCUCAUCCAUUCCACUUACACGGGUACGCCUACAACGUGAUUGGUAUCGGACGGUCACCAGAUCAGAAUGUGAAGAAAAUUAACUUGAAACACGCACUCGACCUCGACAGACGUGGUCUGCUUGAACGUCACCUGAAACAAGGAGAUUUGCCCCCAGCAAAGGAUACCAUUGCUGUUCCCAACAAUGGCUACGUCAUUUUACGAUUUAGGGCUAACAAUCCUGGCUUCUGGCUCCUUCAUUGUCACUUCCUAUUCCACAUUGUCAUCGAUGCUAUUUGUGAUGUACCAAGGAACGAUGCUGUAUGUGUCAGUAAUCUAAAAGCAGCAAAUCCGGUGGAUAGGGCAAUUCUGCAAGAGAGACCAGAUGUGAAAAUUUUUCUGCCGUUCCGUUUUCACUUCUACAAGCCGAAGGACCUUUUCCAGGAAAACACAUAUAAAAACUUUUUAGUUGGUGGUUCUGGCGGGGAUCACGUGUUAAGCUUAGUUGAUGAAAUCUCGUAUAUGGCCCCUCCCGCCCCGCCCCUAUCACAAAUGCACGAGCUAUCACCUGACCUUUUCUGCAAUGGCGACAACAGGCCUGCCAACUGUCCAGUUGAUUGCCGCUGCACCCAUAUGAUUGAUGUGCCACUAAACUCCAUUGUCGAGAUCGUGUUGGUGGAUGAAGUGCAAUCACCAAAUCUUUCGCAUCCAUUCCACCUACAUGGAACGCCAUAUAACGUCAUUGGUAUGGGUAGAUCACCCGAUAAAAACAUAAAGAAAAUCAACUUAAAGCAUGCCUUAGAUUUGGACAGAAAAGGACUGUUGAAACGACAGUAUAAUCUUCCACCAUUUAAGGAUACAUUGGCUGUGCCAAACAAUGGCUACGUUGUUUUAAGACUGAAAGCUGAUAAUCCAGGCUACUGGUUGUUCCACUGCCACUUCAUAUUCCACAUAGUUAUAGGGAUGAAUCUUAUACUGCAUAUUGGUACACAGCGUGAUCUACCACCAGUGCCUCCAAACUUCCCUAGAUGUGGCUGUUAUAAAGCAGUAGAAGAAGUCAAGGAUGACGAUGAAAUCAAUCCUCUGGAUGAGGAAGCUAAUAUUUGCACAGGGCCUAUUACUGGUGGCAUCGCGGCUUGCAGUGGUGACUCGGGAGGGCCUUUGGUUCUUAAUGUAAACAAUACUAGUUGGACAAACGACACGAAGGAUAACGAUUCUAGUGAAGGCGUGUCUGUAGACAGUGGUUAUGACAAUGUUACAUCCGUGAUACUCGGUAUAGUCUCGUGGGGGAUGUCACCAUGCGGUGAAACUGGAGCGCCAACUGUGUAUACAAAUGUUUCAGCAUACCUAGAUUUCAUAAAUGAACAUAUGAGUAAG